AUGAGCCCUCGAUCCAAUAAUCAUAAUACACUAAACUCAGCUAUUUCUAAUAUAUUUGAGGAUGAACUUGGACGACAUUCAUUAUUAUCAGUUUCCUCUUCUUCUCCUUCUUCCCCUCUCCCAUCCUUUUCUCAACAGAUACAACAAAAGGAAUUCGGUACACAUGGUAAAAAGAGGUCUAUUAUCAAUACCACUUCAUCAGCUGAUAAUCAGGAGUUCGAACAUACAAAAAAAUUUUAUAAUGACACAAACCUAUCGAAAUUCGAGUAUUUUAAUGAUAAGGCAAGUUUAAAUGAUGCUGUAUAUUUAAAUGAUUCGGGCUUAGUAGUAAAAAAUAAGAAAUUAUUUGAUAAUUGGGAGAAUAAGUUAGAGGAGUGGAGUGAUGAUUUACAUAAAAGUUGGAAAAUUCACCAAGAUGCUCGAUUAAUGGAUGUAGAACAUAAUUUUCAAAAUUUUUGCACGCUUUUGGACACCAACGAGGCCUACAAUGGCAAUUCGAACAACACAAACUCAACAAUACAGAGAACCUCUGUCCCAAGUAAAAGUAGUUCUAAACCAAGUUAUAGAUAUGACUCAAUAUCUUCCGCUGGUACCAGCUAUAACAGUAUCGAUAUGCAGAAACGAAAGCAAAAAUAUUAUAGUAACAAUAGUCGUAGUAGUAGUAGUAGCGGUAACGAAAAGCAUGAUUUUCAUGCAAAUGCUACCUCACAGCUUAUUGAUCUUCCCAUUAAUAAUACCAAUGACAAUAUAAAAUUGCCAACCAAACACAAUAAAAUCAUAGCAUAUCCUAAUCCAAAUAGUAGUGCCAACCUACCUGCUACCAAAAGCUCAAUUACUGAUAUACGAUCAAACUUGAAUCCUUCAUUGAAAUUUGUACAAAUGUAUAACACAAAAAAGACGAAAAACAGUAAUUUAACUGAUUUAAAUCCAGAACGAUCUUCUUUUAUGAAUGUUCUAGGCAUUACUUCUACUAAAACUACUAAAAAGAAGAAGGGUGCUAGGAAGGCUAAAGAAAAAUCUAUCAAAGAAGAAAGUAAGAAUGCUUCUCAUACCGCUUUCCAAAAAAAUAAUAAAGAUAAUAACCAUGGCGGCGUAAUUAGACAUUUUAGUGCAUUUUCACAUAAUGUCACGCCUCUUACAUACGACCCGAGUCCUUAUAAACCAGUACAGAAAAUUACUGAUGGUGGAAUAUGUAACGAUGGAAAAUAUGAUCAACAUAAACGGAAAUAUCAUGAACAACAAGGUGAAUAUAGUUUUGAUAGUACAGGUGCUGAAAGUUCGAACGAUGACAUAGAUAGUAUAAUUGAAUUUUAUCGUUAA